UCAUUUGCUUCCAUCUGUCUCUACUUAAUUAGCAACCAAAGCAAAAAUAAUAAAAAUGGAGAUGAAAAUGGGGAAAGAAGGAUCAGGUGAGAAGAGAUUAUCAAGCAGAAAACUUGGAAGGUUCUUGAAGCAACAGAGAGGAAGGCUCUACAUUGUAAGAAGAUGUGUUGUCAUGCUGCUUUGCUGGCAUGAUUAGAGAUUACAGAUACAAUUAAUUAAGAGAUGAUUAAUUAAUUAUGUUUCUUCAAAGGGUUUAAUUUUUUCCUCUUAAUUAUGUAAAUAGCACAAGGGAAAAGGGUUAUCUAUAUCCAUCAAGAUCAAUGCUUAAUUCCCUUUUUUUAGUGAGAUAUAUCAUUGUUUUACU